GGUUGGAUAGUAAGAAACCCAUGGGUAUGGGCAAAGUUGCCAUCCCUACCAUUAACAUAUCCCGUGUUGCCACGAAGUCCUAAGUCCUGCAUCACUAACCAUCCAUGACCCGUUUUGAGGAUGGAAGCGUCAACGAGUAGAUACGAAUCCUCCUGCCUCCUGAAAAGGCGAGACCUCCGUUGCUGGACGAAGGAAGAGAAGAGCCAUGGCGACACCAACAGGUCGGAGCCCAGAGCUGAGACACGACCCGGUUUCAAACCGAUGGGUCAUAUUCUCGCCCGCAAGAGCCAAGCGGCCUUCCGAUUUCAAAUCCAAAUCCCCAGAGAACCCAGAUCCAAACUCCUCCAGCGGCAACUCGUGCCCAUUUUGCAUCGGCAACGAAAGCCAGUGCGCGCCGGAGAUCUUCCGGUUCCCUCCUGACCUGGGAAACCCGAACUGGAAGAUUAGGGUGAUCGAAAACCUCUUUCCCGCACUGAGCCGCACCGGCGAGUACCCAUCCGAGGAUCAGCAACGGCAUCAGGAUCACACCGCUGGUGGGCGGAGCUUGAAGGGACUAGGGUUCCAUGAUGUGGUGAUAGAGGCUCCGGUUCACUCCGUGCAGCUGAGCGAUUUGGGAGCGGGAGAGAUUGGCCAGGUUUUGCUUGCCUACAAGAAGAGGAUUGAACAGAUUGCUACCUUUGAUUCCAUCAAGUAUAUCCAGGUAUUCAAGAAUCAUGGAGCUUCUGCUGGUGCAUCUUUAAGUCAUUCACACAGUCAGAUUCUGGCUCUACCUGUCGUUCCUCCUGCUGUCUCUACGAGGCUUGAUGGUACAAAGGAGUAUUUUGAGAAGACAGGGAAGUGCAGCCUGUGUGAAGUUCGAGCUAAGGAGCUCAUAAUCGACGAAUCAACCCAUUUCAUCUCAAUUGUCCCCUUUGCUGCUACAUUCGCUUUUGAGAUAUGGAUCGUUCCAAAGGAUCAUUCCUCUCAUUUCCAUGAACUAGAUUCUGACCAGUUGAUCUUGCGGGAUUGUUGAGGCUUAUGCUUAAAAAGAUGUCUACCCAGUUGAAUAACCCACCAUUCAAUUUCAUGAUCCAGACGUCUCCCCUUCGAGUAGAAGAAUCGCGGUUACCUUACAGUCACUGGUUUCUGCAGAUAGUACCUCAUCUUGGUGGAGUAGCGGGUUUCGAGAUUGGAAGCGGCUGUCAUAUCAAUCCUGUUUUCCCCGAGGAUGCAGCAAAAGUUCUAAGGGAGGUUAAUGUUAAUCUCUCUGGAUAAAGUUUGCCGCAGAAAUCGUGAGAGAAAAUGAAUAAUUACUUAAGCGUGCAUGGAAAAUGGAUGUUGAAAGCCGGUAACUGCCUUUCGCCUUCUGCUGCAUGGUGCAAGCUUGUAUAGGUCUUAUUAGAUGAAGCAGUUUGCAGAGACAAAAGCAGCCAAGCUUUCCUUUUCUAGCAAGGGCAAUGGAGCAGUGUAGUGCUGUGUGGGAGGAGAUGAUUACAACUUCUGAAUAUGGUUUAGAAUCAGAGUGUUAGGUUCGAAGGGAGGAGGAAGAAAUGUUAUUUGAUUUAGGUUUAGUGAAGCUCUUGAAAUAAACAAUUAUAGAAAGUGGAGAGUAAUUGAGAAUUGAGAUGCAUGAGAAAUGGCCCGUUUAUUUGCAAAAAGUAAAAAACAAAAACAAAAUUAAAAAAUAAAUAUUCUAUAAUUUGUAGAGGAGUGUGCCGAGCAAGAGACAAAGAUAAAUACAGCGGAUAGAUAGAGUGUUCACUGUUUAGCUAGAGCAUUGUAACACAUUUGAAAGGAAGUGUAGAUGAUUGGAUCGUAACCCUAUGAGGACUGAAAUGAUACCUAUGAGGAUUGAAAUGAAUAUCUACAAUCGAAAAUUUAAAAGGGCUAUACUAGCUAUGGAUCUAGAGGAGGGUUGAGCCAUGGUCUGAGGGCGAUCCACCUGAAUCUGCCACUGGUAAAGGCUGUAAAUAAGUGGACUCAAGUCGAGUUUUAUUCCAACUUGAGCUUGACUCGUUAAUAAACGAGUUGAACUCGAGCUCGGCUUGUUUAUUAACGAGGCGAGUUCGAGCUAGCUUGCUUACUAAAAUCUUAGACUCGUAUUUGAUAUAUUCAUUUUGUAUGUCAUGUAUGAUACAUGUGAUUAAUGCC